UAACCUUUCUUUCUGCUCUCUCUUCGUACCAUAUUUUCUCGGCGGGAAGACGAGCUCUCUCUAAGGGUCCUUCCGCAUCCCACAUCCUUGGAUUCCUUCUCAAAUGAUAAGUCGUGGUGUUAUUAUUACCGGCAGAGUCGCCGUCGCGGCGGGCUCACGGUUCUUCUCCACCACUGGUACAACCGCUCGUGCUCUGGGCAGCGAGGCGGUGCUGAGUAAUGUAGCCAAGGGUUUUGGUGAUCCAGUUUGGGCAAGUCGAGCGAAUCUCAGCUACUGGCUUAGGGUUCCACUGAUUAACGGUGGAAGUGUGCGGAAUUGGAGCACUAUAUCUGUGGAACAGAAAGAGAAGCAGGAUGCGUCGGUUUCUGCUUCAACCGAUAGCCGUGUGGGCAGGCAAAAUGACGGGAAGGGAGCGGUGAGUUAUUGGGGUGUUGAACCGGCGAAGAUCACAAAAUCGGAUGGUACAGAAUGGAGGUGGAAUUGCUUUAGGCCGUGGGAGACGUACCAAGCCAACCUGUCGAUUGAUCUGAAUAAGCACCAUGCGCCGGCGACAUAUUUGGACAAGAUGGCUUAUUGGACUGUAAAGGUUCUCCGAUGGCCCACUGAUAUAUUCUUCCAGAGACGGUAUGGUUGCCGAGCAAUGAUGCUGGAAACAGUGGCGGCUGUACCGGGCAUGGUAGCAGGGAUGGUGCUGCACUUGAAAUCGCUGAGACGGUUCGAGCACAGUGGGGGCUGGAUCAAGGCACUGUUAGAAGAAGCAGAGAACGAGAGGAUGCAUUUAAUGACGUUCAUGGAGGUAUCAAAGCCCAGGUGGUACGAGCGAGCUCUGGUCAUAGCCGUCCAAGGCGUGUUCCUCAAUGCUUACUUCUUGGGCUAUUUGCUGUCCCCUAAAUUCGCACACCGCAUGGUGGGGUACCUGGAGGAGGAGGCCAUUCACUCCUACACUGAAUUCCUCAAGGAAUUGGAUAAGGGAACUAUUGAGAAUGUUCCGGCCCCGGCCAUUGCCAUCGACUAUUGGCAGCUUCCACCUGGCUCCACUUUGAGAGAUGUCGUCAUGGUCGUUAGAGCCGAUGAAGCCCACCACCGUGAUGUCAACCACUUUGCAUCGGACAUACAUUAUCAAGGGCGAGAGCUGAGGGACGCUGCAGCUCCGAUUGAUUACCACUAGAAGUUGAGAUUUUGGCCAUCGGGGCACGAAAAAUGUUGGUCUUUAGUUGUGAAGUUGUUUUGGGUAUGAAUAAAACACUGUUGCCAGUUGAAAUGGCUGUGCUCUACUCUGACAAUAUGUAUAGAAUACUGGCAACUUUAAUGUAAAUACUAAUAAUGUGCCCCCAUCAUGUUAACAAUCGUUCACAUUUGGGGUUGUACUGUAAGAAGACUGCGUGGUGAAUCCUACUUGAUAAAGUUUGUUGUCCUAAUCAUUU